AUGGGAUAUUUUGAUGUGUGUGUGAUGGCAGGAGAGCAGGCGGGUGAAGAGAGCAUCACACAGAUCCUGAAGAAACGCGGAGCUGCAUUUGCGGUCCCAGCCCUGGGAGAGUCUCUCAUCCCCAACAGCCACACCAGCACCACCAGCUCGACGGCCAGCAGCUGUGACACUGAUUUCUCCAAAGACGACGAGCAGCGUCUGAAGGACUACGUGCAGCAGCUGAAGAACGACCGAGCGGCCGUCAAGCUGACCAUGCUGGAGCUGGAGAGCGUCCACAUCGACCCGCUGAACUACGACCUCAAACCCCGCGCAGACUCGCAGAGACUCGACCUGGAGAACGCCGUGCUCAUGCAGGAGCUCAUGGCCAUGAAGGAGGAGAUGGCAGAGCUGAAGGCUCAGCUGUAUCUGCUGGAGAAGGAGAAGAAAGCUCUGGAGCUGAAGCUGAGCACACGUGAGGCUCAGGAACAGGCCUAUCUGGUGCACAUCGAGCAUCUGAAGUCUGAGGUGGAGGAACAUCAGGAACAGAGACGGCGAUCGCUCAACUCCACCAGCAGCAGCGCUGGAGCCAAAGACAAGAGCGGGAAGGACUCUGGUGAUUCUCCGGUGAUCAGUCUGUCUGAUCUGAGGAGUUUGAGUGACAGCGACCUCGCGGCGGAGCUCACCAGCGCCCUCAGGAGAGAGAAGAAGCUGAAGGGUCGUGUUCAGGAGUUGGUCGCGGCGUUAGAAAGACUCACUAAGAGCAGUGAAGUCAGACAUCAGCAGUCAUCGGAGUUCGUUAACGACCUUAAACGAGCCAACAGUAAUCUGGUGGCAGCGUACGAGAAAGCCAAGAAGAAGCACCAGAACAAGCUGAAGAAGCUGGAGUCUCAGAUGAUGGCGAUGGUGGAGCGUCACGAGACGCAGGUGCGGAUGCUGAAACAGCGCAUCGCUCUCCUGGAGGAGGAGACGUCUCGACCGCACACCAGCGAGACCUCGCUCUGAGGAGAAGACGUUUCUCAGGAUGUUCACGCUGCUCUUUCACACACAACAGCCACUGUUAAACUACAGGAAUCAUCAUGAACACGUGAAGCGCUGGCUCAGACGUGCUCGUUUUGUCAAGGAUGAGACGGCAUUUAGAUCUUUUUUCCAAUUCUCACUUAUGAGGUUCACCGUUUUUAAUGCUCUCACUAGUCCAACCCGGCGAUUGAGAUGACAUAUCUCUUAUAAAUCCUCAUAAUUAUUCAUGACUUUAGAAGGAAAUGACAUGAACACACACUCACUAGUUAUAUUUCAUAAUCAUACAGUGUAGAGGAAUGCAUUUAAUACAAUUAAUGUGAACGAGGUUUAAAGCCUCAGAUGAAGAUUCUGUCGUCAUUUACUCAGUUUCUUAACAUCUGAUAAUCUGUGCUCCGUUUAUAAUCCAGAUUGGACGAAUUUAGGCCUUAUGAUCAAUAUGUGAUGAAUUAUGAGUUAGUAAUUUGUUAAAACGCCACUUAGACCAAAUUUAAUCGGCUGAUGAGAUGUUAAACAAUCGUAUAUUAUUUUAUUGGUAACACUUUAGUCUAACAUUCAUUAACUAUAAUUAACUAAAAAUAAACAUUAUUAAUAAAAAUGCAGUUGUUCAUUUUUUAUAUUUGUUUAUUUGUGCAUUAAUAU